GAAAAAAGAAAUUGCUUUUGAUUGCACUUGAAAGUCUCUUUUGCAGUAAAAGAAAAUUGUGUAUGUCGAUAGAAACAUUCAGAGAUGUGUUCUGCAUUCACAAAUAACACCCUGGUAAUGUUUUGUUUCUUUUUUAAAUCUUCUCUCUUUUCUUGAAUUGUUUUCUGAUUGGCUGGUGUAAACUCAAACUCCGUCCUUAUCCUGAUUGGCUGGGAGCCCAGUGGGCAGGUGAUGAGUGUUAAUAAAUACAGCGUGCAGUCAGAAGGGCAUGCAUUCAUACGCAAGCUUCUACUAUCAAUCCUUCUCAGUUCUGUCAGCACAUGUAAAAGUCUUCACCGGCACGCAUUGGCUGCAGCAGAAAAAGUGGACGGAAUUUUUAGCUUUUGCAAGAGAAAAGAGAAAAAACAUUGCCAUGUCUUUUGAGACAAAAGACAAGGCUGAAGUGCGUCUGGUGUUUCUAGGAGCAGGGGGAGUGGGGAAGACAGCCCUCAUCCAGCGGUUCCUCAAAGACACCUUUGAGCCGAAGCACCGGCGCACAGUGGAGGAGCUCCACAGGAAGGAGUACGAAGUGGGAGGAAUUAAAGUCACCAUCAGCAUUAUGGACACCAGUGGGAGCUACUCCUUCCCCGCCAUGCGCAAACUCUCCAUCCAGAACAGCGACGCCUUUGCUCUGGUCUACGCCGUGGACGAUCCAGACUCCCUUGAGGCGGUCAAGAGACUGCGAGAGGAGAUCCUGGAGGUCAAGGAGAGCAAGCACAUGCCGAUCGUGGUGAUAGGCAACAAGAUAGACCGACUCAAGGAGCGGAGGGUGUCCAGCAAGGACGUGCUGUCCACGGUGGAAGUGGACUGGAACCACAUCUUCCUGGAGUCCUCGGCCAAGGACAACGUCAACGUGAUGGAGGCCUUCGUGGAGCUGCUGCAGCGGGCCAACCUGCCCAUGCAGCUGAGUCCGGUGCUCUGCAAGAGGCGGCUGACGUUCCCCAAGGAAAACCACAAGCGCGCCCCCAUGAACAAAACCAACAGCUGCCUCCUCUCGUAGAGAUGGACGAACGGAGGCAGAGAGAACUGUGCAAACGAGACCAGAGGAUUGAUGCGGAUGAUAGAAAAACAAACCAAGUGACAAUGUUUGACAAGAUAAUCAACUGUUCCCUUCUGCUCCCAGCUCCAAUAUACUCCUCCUAAAACAAACAUGAACAGAUGAAAACAAAGAUAGACGUAAAGACGGCAUGAAUGUUGUUGAAUUCGACUGCACCUACCGCGAAUGUCAGAACAUUUACUAUAAAAAAAAGAAAAAAAAAUAUUCUUUACAUGUCAUGUUUUAGUUUGUACUCCAAACUAUUGAUGUUUCAACAGUUUUCAAUAGUUCAAUAGUUCAACAGUUGUUCAUCUGGUGGGGAAAAAAAAAUCUGUAUCUGUUGAUCAAUCAGUCAAAAGCAAUAGUGUUUUUAUCUGUAAAUGUGUUUUGUUUUGUCUGUGCAGCUGAUGUCAACAUAUGAAGAAAACAUACCGUGCACUUUAUAUUUUUAAGAAGUCUUAGUGUUGAAAAUUCUGGUUUACUGAACCUUUUUGUUUGCAAAUCCUAGCAGAGCUUAAAAUGUGAACGAAAAUGAAUGCAUUUCUAUUUUGUUGAAAAGAGUUCUGCUCAGUUCUAUUUUGUUGCAUACUUUCAGUGUUUUGUCUAAACCAGGGGAAAAAAUAGAUGCGUUGUCUGUGAUUCUCUGUUGUGCUUGUAUUGUACCUUCCUUAUUGUGUAUAAUUGCCGACUUGAUGUGAAAAGAAAAAUAAAGUGUUCAUCUUAGAAUGCA